GACCCAAUUUGGCCUGCUGAAGGAGAUUCCCUUCCGCGGACAGGUUUCUGUCACUUCAGCCGCCAUGUUAUCCCACUCCCGGUGUUUCACCCGGAAUGUUAGCCGUUUUAUCGCUGUCAUUAGUCAGGGAAACAAUGUAUUGGCACGGCAGGCUGUGUCAGUCGUUGUAGAUUCUGCACGAGCAGGGAGUGAUUUACUGUUGUCAUCUGCUCCAGGACUGUCCGCUAGCCGUAGUGUCACAGUCAACAACCCAGCGAAAUGCAGAGCCAGGUCCGGCGUCUUCCAAAUCAGAUACUUCAAGACGUCUGCAGCUUGCAGGAAUGAAGUUAUCACAGUAAAGACACCUGCGUUUGCGGAGUCAGUCACAGAGGGGGAUGUGAGGUGGGAGAAAGCGGUUGGUGACUCUGUCAAAGAGGAUGAGGUGGUUUGUGAGAUUGAGACGGACAAGACAUCAGUGCAGGUGCCGUCUCCUGCUGCUGGGGUGAUUGAGGAGCUACUGGUCCCUGAUGGGGAGAAGGUCGAGGGAGGACAGGCUCUCUUCAAACUCCGGAAAGGAGCUGUUGCUGCCCAAGCUGCAGAGGCCCCAGCAGCAGUAGCAGCUCCUCCACCCCCUGCUGCUGCCACACCUCCAUCCUUUGCUGCCUCUGCAGUGGGCCCCAUCCCCACCACAAUGCCCCCCGUGCCACCCGUGCCAGGAGCUGCCAUCUCUGCCACACCAGUUUCAGCCAUCAAACCCACUGCUGCCCCAGCCGCUGUUGCAGAUGGAAGGGCGAUACCAGCCAGGACAGAGCACAGGGUGAAGAUGAACCGUAUGCGUCUGAGAAUCGCCCAGAGACUGAAGGAAGCCCAGAACACCUGCGCUAUGUUGACAACAUUUAAUGAGGUCGACAUGAGCAACAUCAGUGAGAUGAGGAAAGCCUACAAAGACACUUUCCUGAAGAAACACAACAUCAAGCUGGGCUUCAUGUCUGCAUUUGUCAAGGCUUCAGCAUACGCUCUGAUGGACCAACCUUCCGUCAACGGAGUAAUUGAUGACACCACCAAAGAGGUUGUGUACAGGGACUACGUGGACAUCAGUGUGGCUGUAGCAACACCAAAGGGCCUGGUGGUGCCUGUGAUCCGUGGGGUGGAGGGAAUGAACUUCGCUGACAUCGAGAAGACCAUCAACGCGCUGGGGGAGAAAGCCCGUAAGAAUGAGCUGGCCGUGGAAGACAUGGAUGGCGGCACCUUCACCAUCAGCAACGGUGGCGUAUUUGGAUCAAUGUUUGGCACGCCUAUCAUCAACCCUCCGCAGUCUGCCAUCCUUGGCAUGCAUGGCAUCUUCGACAGGCCAGUGGCCAUCGGGGGCAAGGUGGAGAUCCGCCCCAUGAUGUACGUGGCUCUGACAUAUGACCAUCGGCUCAUCGAUGGCAGAGAGGCAGUCACCUUCCUGCGUAAGAUCAAGACUGUGGUAGAAGACCCCAGAGUGCUGCUUCUGGACAUGUGAGCCAGCCUCUCGGCAGUCACAACAAGCCACCCUUCACACAACAGUGGCUAUACCCUUCCUCCUGAUGAUGUUUAUUGUUGAAUAACUAGACAAAGUGAUACUUGAAAAGAGCGAAAGGUGCAUUGGACUUAUUGCAUGGCCUGAAAUGAUGAAAGAAUUUCUGCUAAAUGUUCUAUAUGUCUGGGCCAGGGGUUUCACUAAAACGGGUCUCUGGAGAUGGAGAGGGUGUUGUACAGCGCAAAGCACCAUUUGCCAUUUUCUACCUACAAUAAAUAUUUGUCAAAUAAUUGUUAAUAUAAAUGACCAAAAAAAACAGA